AUGAACCGUAAGAAGACGGAAGCCGAUCGAAAGUUUCUGAAGCUCCUGGAAAGUGAUGGAGAUGAAGCCGUUUUGGGAGACGAGUUCAAAUCUGAAUUAGUCAAGCAGAUUAUGAUCAAAUCAGUGGAGAGUUACGAAUACUGUGCCUCAGGAAGAGCGUUGUGUACCCAAUGCAAAACUUUGUUGUCCGCAACAGACGGUGGUCACGUUUUUCGGCAUUUGGAUCGAUGCACUGGUAAAAGAGCUGCCAGCGAACCCAUUCCGGAAACAAGUGAUGAAUCGCUCCGAUCAGUAGAACCGUUGGCUAAGCAACGAAAAUUGACAGGUACAAGAAAAAAAAGAUACAUAUUUUCAAACAUUGGUUCAGAUUUUUCGAAGCGACAGUUCACAAAAGAGCAAACAUCGAAAAUUACUCGCGCACUUGCCAAGCAUGCGUUGAGAACGGGAAAAUCUUUCAAUUACAUGGGCGGAGAUUGUAUGAGAGAUCUUGUUAUUGAUGUAGCGAACGCCACUGGCAGUGGAAUAUUCGGAAAGGAAGCCAAAGCUCAAUCCCUCAUCGCCAAACGAUCCAAACACAUACAUUGA